GAUUCCGUGUGAACAUUUCGAUCGUAGCGCCGCCACUGGAACAUGUUUUCAUUUAAAUGAGUUGAACAAUUUAUUGCUUGAGCUCGCUUUAAAAUCUCUUUUUUAAUUUUACUGAAUAAUAUUAUCAUUCAGCUGUCAUCGUUUUGUUAGAAUACUAAACAACCAACAGAUGAGAAUGAAAUCUGCUUCUAAACCAAGAAUGAAAGUUUUACGCAAAGACGAAAAACAGCCAACUUUAUUAAACUUCUUUAAAAAAAUCAGCGGAGAUUAUUUCACUACACAUAAGCAAUCAUCUUUACCAGCACAACGUCAAGAGGAUUUGUCAAUGAGUCAAUUUCUAGAAGUGGAUUUGGUAGAAGGAGAUGACCCAUUGAACGAAUCUGACUUGAAACCAAAAGAAGGAAUUGAGUUUAAUUGCAUAAGUGAUCAAAUUACAAGCAUUUCUGAGCCAGGAGCUCUUGAAGCACUCAUGAACAAAAUUUAUUCACCUGACCACAAUGUACAGCAAAUUAACAUGGAUAAGCAACUGGUGGCUGUUGCAUCGGAAAGUGAGGAAGAAGAAAAGGAAGACACAAUUUCUAAGUCAACAACUAAAACGAAAUCAAAGAAGAAGCCAAUUUGUCCUAAAUACAAAAUAAUUGAGAGUUCGUUGUUUGCUGUCGACGCUUUUCGUUUUGGCGACAUUUCAUUUGUUGAACAUUAUUUCUUAACUCACUUCCAUGCUGAUCAUUAUAUUGGUUUAAGGAAGAAGUUUAAGCACAAAAUCUACCUUUCACAAAUCACUGCCUUGCUGGUUCAACAAUUUAUUGGCGUCGCUGAAGAACAACUUCAAGUAGUUCAUGUAAAUGUUCCUUUUUUUAUUGACGAUGUUAAAAUCACACCAUUGGAUGCAAAUCAUUGUCCUGGUGCUUUGUUAUUUUUGUUUCAAUUUCCUGAUGGUCGAAAUGUUCUUCACACUGGUGACUUUAGAGCCAACGACGAGAUGGUGCAACUUCUUGAAGGGUGGAGCAUAAAAUUAGAUUUAGUUUAUUUGGACACAACUUAUCUCAGCAGUAAGCGAAGGAUGCCAUCACAAGGCGAAUCGAUUGAAUUUCUCUUGCAACAUGUUCAAAAAUAUCUUGAAGAGAAUAUUGGGGAGAAAUUUUUAAUAGUUGUUGGUGCAUAUUUGAUUGGCAAAGAAAAAGUUUGGAUGUCGAUAGUCAAAAGAUUCAAUUUCAAAGUUUAUCUAGAGAAAGAGAGAUUAAAAGCAUUUAAAGCAGUUUGUUCAUGUUCAGCUGAACAUUUGGAUGUUUAUAAGAGAUUUGUCACUGAAAAUAUUGAAGAAGCUGAUGUCAGAGUUGUCAACAUGGUUCAAUUAAGUUACCCGAAUCUUAAAGAAUUCCUUCGUGAUAAUCAAGACAAUUUCAAUACUCUCCUCGGUGUUGUGGCAAGUGGAUGGGAGAAUCAAAAAUAUGCAUCUGGAAGAAUUUCACUUCUUCAUGUUCAAUACUCAGAACAUUCAAGUUAUGGCGAAUUGGAAACUUUCAUAUCAAGAACAAACCCGAAGAACAUUAUUUCAACAGUUCCUGUAAGAAUGAAUGCUGCAAUAACACAUGACAUACCAAAAGACUGGACCUCAAAUAAUGUAAUAGCCAACAAAAAAGUUAGUCAAAGAAAAUUGACAAAAACAAAUAAAUGAAUUUUAAUUUUAAAAUAAAUGAAUAUUUAACGAAUAAAUUUUUUUUGAAUAUUUAUACCCCCUUUAAGAAGUUAGCAAAGUAAUAAAGAAUUUACC